GCCUUGCGGUGAUUGGUUCCGCCCAGGCGCGAAAUGUAACGCGGGAAAAGCCGGAGCGGGGACCGCGGCAGCAGGUUGUUAUUUUCGGGGUCUCGGUCCCGCGCGUCCUGGUUUCCUGUCACCGCCAGGGCCAGGCUGCCCGCUGCUUCCCGCGUUGGGGAAUACAAAGAGCGGAGGGCGGCUUGACCAGGGCUGGGGUCCGGCCCUGUCUGCCAGGUGCCGGCCGUGCCGCUCAACUAUUUGGUGGCCGCUGCGCAGGAUUCCGGGAAACGUCCGCCUGCCAUGAGCCGGCGGGACUGAGCUAGUGACUUUGAGCAGCGCGGGAGAGCGAGCGAGGGACCGGACCGGUGCUCAGGGAGUGCGGCCGAGGACCGCCAGAGGUGCGGAUCGGGGCCGGGCGAUGAUCCGGGGCGUGGAGGUGCCUAUGGGGGACAACCCCCCGCAGCCACCACCCGUCAUCUUCUGCCACGACUCCCCGAAGCGGGUGCUGGUGUCGGUCAUCAGGACAACCCCGAUCAAGCCCACGUGCGGCGGCGGAGGGGAGCCGGAGCCGCCGCCGCCACUCAUCCCCACCAGCCCCGGCUUCAGCGACUUCAUGGUGUACCCGUGGCGUUGGGGCGAGAACGCACACAACGUGACGCUCAGCCCCGGGGCCGCGGGGGGUGCCGCCUCGGCCGCCCUGCCCGCAGCCGUCGCCGAGCACUCGGGGCUCCGGGUCCGGGGCGCGCCCCCGCCCGCCGCCUCUGCCGCCGCCGCUUCGGGAGGUGAGGACGAGGAGGAAGCGAGCAGCCCAGAUAGCGGCCACCUCAAGGAUGGAAUCCGACGUGGUAGACCCAGAGCAGAUACUGUCCGAGAUUUAAUAAAUGAAGGGGAGCAUUCAUCCAGCAGAAUCCGUUGUAACAUCUGUAAUAGAGUGUUUCCACGGGAGAAAUCGCUCCAGGCUCACAAGAGGACUCAUACAGGUGAGAGACCCUAUCUGUGUGACUAUCCAGACUGUGGAAAAGCCUUUGUUCAAAGUGGGCAGCUCAAAACACAUCAGCGUCUUCACACCGGAGAGAAACCAUUUGUUUGUUCAGAAAAUGGCUGCCUGAGCAGAUUUACCCAUGCAAACCGCCACUGUCCCAAGCACCCUUAUGCCAGGCUGAAGAGGGAGGAGCCUACGGACACACUCAGCAAGCAUCAGGCUGCGGACAACAAGGCUGCCGCCGAGUGGUUGGCAAAGUAUUGGGAAAUGAGAGAGCAGCGUACCCCCACCUUGAAAGGCAAGCUUGUACAGAAGGCUGACCAGGAGCAGCAAGACCCCCUGGAAUACCUUCAGUCUGACGAAGAGGAUGACGAGAAGAGCGGGGCCCAGCGCCGGCUGCAGGAGCAGCGGGAGCGCCUGCACGGAGCCCUCGCUCUCAUAGAGCUCGCCAACCUGACAGGGGCGCCGCUCCGACAGUAGCCUGGACACUGACUCUUCCACUGUACAAAAGUACUGCCCAGCGUACUUAAAAAGUAGAUCCUUGGGCAUAAGCUAAGCACCUUAUUUGCUUAUCAUAGGCUGCUAUUCUGUAGAAACUAAUGAAGAAUGUUAUUGCCCCAGAAUAUGGGGUGAGAAAGAAAUGCACUUUUUUUAUAUAGGAAUGGAUUUAAUGUUUGAUGUAAAGUUUUAACUAUUUGUAAAUAUGGACUGCAGAGUACAGGGUAGAAAACUACAUAUUGUGGGAAGCUAGAUUUUGCAAGUUUAAUGCAUUCAUUGGAAGUAGUUCUCACAGGAAGCACUUUCUGAAUAAGACAUUUGUGUGAAAAACAGAAUGGUACAAAUAGCCAAAGAAGGUUGAAAUAGAUUAUUUAUAAGAUCAUUUUUAACAAUGUAUAUUAGUAUGUUUAACAAUACUGUAAACACUGAAGCAAGCAAGAAAGUAUAAGAUACGUGUGUAAGGUAGAUAUUUUUAAAUUGCAAAAUAGUGUGCCCACUAAGACUAGAGAAAUGGGAAGCUGACUAUUUUGGAAGAUGUUCUAAGUUAUGGAUUUGGAAGAAAAAAGAUAUUUCAGGUUCUUGGUAAGAUGCACAAUAGUUCAGAAUUUUCAAAAUUGGAGUAAAAUCAGUCUUAUUCUAUCUUUCUGGGGCUUAAAACUUACUAUAAUGUUUAAGUUUGAAAAGCACUUGUCACCCCUAGCAUGUAAACUUGGGAACUUUUGCACAUUUCAUGUUUCUCAUUUGCUGAAAUUGAGUGAUUAAUCUUGCAAAGUCUAGGUAACAUGGUAAUUGGUGAUUUUUUUUUAAUAUAUUAUGGGCCCUGUAAUGAGAUUUGGCACUUGGAUUUUUGUUAAUAAAAGGGACAUCUACAGGGUUGUUUUGUAGGGAAAUGUUUUAGAUCUUUUGUUAGCAAACACUAAAUUGUACUGCUUAUUUAGAAUUAUUAGCAAAUGGAAGCCUCCAUAUUUAUAUUUUCAGUGCAUAAAGCCACCUUCUUGCUUUACUUCGAAUAACAUGCCAAGCUAUUUUGUGUUCACUAAAUUUAGCUAUCAGUUAAACACUGCAGAAAAUAUUAGCUACUCAAAUAAGUAGGUUUCUGAAAUAGUUUUAACUGCAAGUGUGUUAACUUGUGUGGUGGUUUUAAGCCAUUUUCCCAAAUAGAUGAAGUUAUUAAACACCACUUUAUGUAGUGAAGCAGGAACAGAAAAAUCAAGAGCUGAGCAGACCACCUCCUUUAUGUAGGCAAAAACUUCCAUCAUUUUGGCUUCUGUUUUAAGCAGCACUAAAUGACAUGCAUAGUAUGGUAAUUUACAGAUUGCUUAAUUGGAGUAAAACUUGGACUACUAGAGGGAAAUAUGGACUCUUCAUAUUUUUGAGGAAGUGGGAUCGUACAGAUAUAGUUUAAACAUUAUCUAGAAUGUAGGCUUUAUCCAAAAAUCCUAAUGUGUUGCAGUACACAGGUAGUAUAAAAUAUGUAGCCAUGGGGAACGGGAGAUAUGUAAAUAUCUUGAAGAGGAGCAAAAAUAUGAAAGAAGAUAUGAUAGUUACAAAUAAUGUGUAUGAUGAGGACAUACUUUAAAAAUGUAAUUCCUCUGUAUAAUAAAUCACAAACCUUUAGGGGUUUUUUUAAUAAGAGAAUUUAUAUUUGUAAUGGUCUAAGAAUUUUGUUUGUAAUCUGGUAUAUAGAAUUUUAACUUGGAGCACUUAUAAGCCUGUUAAGACAGAGUAUAGCAUCUGAAUUUUCUUGGUUUAGGUUUCAACAUUUCUUCUAGAAUUUUUUCUCUCAAGUACGAUUUAAAUGAUCUAAAAGGCAACACUCAUCAGUCUUGGGAAAUUUAAAAUUUGAUAAACUUAUCUGAAGAAGGAAAGAUAGUAAGAAUUUUAAAAAUGCAAAUAUUUACCAGUUUACAGAUGAUAAAAUUUAAGGCCCUAAAGAGUAAGGGUUUGUUUUUGUUUGUUUCUCCAGUCAGCUUUUGUUAACUCUAAUAGUUAUAUUCACAAACAUUUUUUAUUUGUUUAAUUGGAAUAGUUUAAGAAAUUAUUAUAACUAUUUACUAUAAAAACAUUUUAAAUGUUCUUGUUUGAUAUAAGCUAUAUACUUCAACAAAAUACAUUGGUAUCUAAAAUUGGAGGUAUGUUAGGACUGCUUUUUGUUUUAAAAAAUGUGGUUUACAUUCAGAUUUUUGAAGUGUUUUAUGCUUCAUAUGGCUAAGUUGUAGUUUGGCAAAGUUAACAGCAUAAGAAUAAACAUGCUGUAAUUUUUAAAGAUGCUUUGAAUAAAAAUUUAUUUUAAUUUAAA